AUUAUGAUUAUUAUUUAGCGGCGCAUGCACUAGUGUGAGUCAGCGGCUGCAGCGGUAUAUAAGCGCGGCGAGGAGCUUCACACGCAUACUCAGUCACCACCCCCGAUACCUACUACUCCUGUCAAUAUGAAAUUCCUUAUGUGUGUAAUCCUCGCGGCGGUCGCGCUGAGCGCCGCAUCCGCCGGCUACAUCCGCAGCGGCUACGGCGGCGGCUACGGCGGCUGGAACAACGGCGGCUGGAACAACGGCGGCUGGAACAGGGGCUGGAGCGGCGGCUACAGCAGCCCGGUGGUCGUGUCGCGCGGCUACGGCGGCGGAUACGGCAGCGGAUACGGUGGUGGAUACGGCGGCGGAUACGGUGGCGGCUGGAACAACGGCUGGGCUCGCAGCGGCUGGUGGUAGUCGGACCACUCCACUUCAAUCCACUUUUAGCAAAUACUCCUUUUAUUUCCUUUUUGUUACUCAAUGUGAAGUCUUUUGUCUGUCCCUCUCAUUGACAACAAGCACGCCGGACUACUGACUCAUGAUGUCAGUUGCUAGUCAAAUGCUCAAUACUCGAGUUCCACCUUAGCAUAUAUAAUACGAGUAUCCUUUAUAUAUGUAAGUUUGUGUCGCCCUCCGUCUUGUUUCGUUUCUUUGGAACAAGUCAGUAAUGUAGGCCGAGCCGCGCGCUCGUGUCUGUAAUAAUGUAAAUAUCUUAAAACGUGUAAUGGGAUAUGUAAAUUAUUGUGCCAAUAAAUAUUAAUCUAAGAACAAAUAUAA